AUAAUAAUCAAUCAAACAGUAUACUACUAUUGAAUAAUAUGAUAUAAAUUAAUUAAUUUACAAUAAAUGGUGUAUUUGUGUUAAUUAAAUAUUGAAUUUUUCUUAUAAAACAAAAUAAUGUAUUUAAAAGAAAAUAAAGAUUUUUUGGUUAAACUGGUUUUGUUGAUCAUCUCGUUUGUCGGGUGCAGUCAAGCGGCCAAACAUAACGAUAAAUAUGUAACUUUGGUCACCAAUAAGGGUGAGAUCACUCUCGAGUUGUUCUGGUCUUUGACACCCAAGACAUGCAAAAACUUUGCAGAAUUGGCUAAAAAGAAAUACUACGACAAUACUAUUUUCCAUAGAGUUAUCGAUAAUUUUAUGAUACAAGGAGGCGACCCAACCGGCACCGGUAGGGGCGGUAAAUCAAUCUAUGGUAAAAAGUUUGAGGACGAGUUCAACGCUAAUCUCAAACACGACAGUGAGGGUAUACUUAGUAUGGCCAACGCCGGACCCGAUACUAAUGGCAGUCAAUUUUUUAUAACAUUGAAAAAAACUAGUUUUUUAAAUGGAAAACAUACUGUUUUCGGUAAAGUAGUCAAAGGCAUGGAUGUGGUCCAUGCUAUCGGUAAAGUGGAGACCAAUGAUGAUAAACCUAUAGAUCCCAUCACAAUAUUGAAAGCUAAAGUUCACAAUGAUUUGAAAUAAUAAAUAAUUUUCUC